AUGGAGAAAGACGACUGGGAUGUAUCUGGUUUCUUAUGGGAAACCGAGAACCAGCUCUGGGAUUUCUUCAAUUUUGAUUUCAGCGCUGUAGAAACCCAGAUCAAGUAUCCCAUGGACCCUCCUCCUCCUCCCCCUCCUCCUCCUUGCUUCACCUCUAAUCUUAGCCUGAAUCCCCCAACAGUGCCAAGUCCCGAUCUUGAUCAGCCCCAAACGGCCGCUCCUGCCGCCGCGGCUGCCGCCCUCGAGAAGGAGAAAGGGAAGAAGGUGAUCGGAGUCGAUGAGAAGAAGGAGAAGGAGAAGGGGAAGAAAGAAGGCAAAACUGAAGCAAACCAUGAGAGUCAUCUGUGGACGGAGAGAGAGAGGAGGAAGAAGAUGAAGAACAUGUUCGAUAACCUUCAUGGCUUGAUGCUCACUAACCCUCGUGGCAUGAUGCGUCAUGUUCCUCAGAAGGCAGACAAGAUCACCAUUGUGGAUGAAGCAGUGACCUGGAUAAAAGGCCUACAGCAAGAUGUGCAAAAACUAGAAGCACGUAAGGAAUUAGAAAAGCGCAAACGUGAAAGUCAGGAUCCAAUCACUGCUCAUAAACUAGCCAUGGAUUCAACACAACCCACCUUGAUUGAUCAACCCUCUUAUGGCAAUAAUAAUAAUAAUAACAACAUAGUUCCAGAAUUUACCAACCCUACCCCUGUAGGUUUUAAGGUCUGGUUUUCUGAAAACCUAAACUUGAACAUCUGUGGUGAUGAGGCACAAAUCAGUCUGUGUUCGGUCAAAAAGCAAGGCCUCUUCACUGCAAUAUGCUCUGUGUUGGAGAAGCACAAAUUGGAGUUGCUUUCGGCUUCCGUCCCCUCCGAUUCUAAUCGCCGCAUGACCAUGAUGCAAGUUUCU